AUGACAGAUCUAAAUUCUACAUCACAAGAAGAAUCCGAGCUUUCUCAAGACCUUCCAAAAAUUCCUUCCAUAAAUCAAUCAUAUCCCAACCACGACGCCGAUCUAAAAGUGUUUUGAGAAGAAAAGAAAUCAUCAUUUAUCAAAUUAAAAUUAUGAGAAGACGAAAGAAGUAAGUUUUAUUCAGUGAGUCAAGCAUCCAAACAUCGAACGUUAUUAGAAUGCAUUUUAGGCAGAAUAAUGCAAAAAGCCAACAUAGGGAGAGAAGCAAACCUAGCAACAGCUAAAUUUUUAAAAGAAAGGGCACAAGCUGAUCUUCAAUAUGCUGAUAUCUUGAGAAGUCAACUAAUUUAUCUCCCAACUCCAACUGCACACAUGACAAAUAAUUCAUUAAAAUCAGGGCUUGCAUCAGUAAAUGCAGUCCAAAAUGCACUUUUGGCUAAACUCAAAGAUUUUUCUCAGCAUAUAGAACUGUAAAUUUUAUUUAGUGAUUUGCUGAAAAAUGACCUUGCAGAAGUAUUAAUAAAUUAUGACUCAAAAAUUAUUGAAUUUCAUAAUAGAGCAGAAAUACUGAAAAAAGAGCUUGAUUUUUUGAAUGAAAAAACUAUAAAAAGUUUCAAAGAGCACGCUACAGUUUUCAGAUCAGCAGAAAUCCAGCUCAGUUCUAAUGGUUUGGUAACUUCUUGCUCAUGGCUUUCUGAGACAAGAUAUUUAAAACAGUCAAAUUUCCAACUUCAGCUGCAAGGUGCUUUUGCUGUAUUUGUGAGCAGCUUCUGAAAAGAAACUUUAGAGCUAGAACUGCAAAGAAUUAAAGCAAUUAAAUCUACAAUGAAAAAGUUUAUUGAGUAUGAGCAAGAAGUUUUUAACCUCAACUCAGAAGAAGCCCUUCAGUCCUUAGAAGAUAUUUCAGAGGAUUUAUCAAAAACUAUGGACAGCUACAAACUUCUUACUCCAAGUGAGUUCGAAAUCCUAAGAGAGCUGGCAGGACCUGAUGAGCCUUUAGAAGCUUUAAUUAACUGGAAGCUAGAAAUACCAAAAGGGAUGAGCCUAAUUGUGAGGGAAGGCAAAUUAUCAAGAGAAGCUGGAGUAUUUAGGCAUUGAAACAGCUGUUAUGUGGUGGCUACAAGUGAUAGAUUUUUGCAUAUAUUUGCAGAUGUGAUUUCUGAGGAAUUUGUUGAACCAUUAAUAUCGAUCUUUUUAAUGGGAGCAAAAAUUUUACCAUCGAAAACACAUGAGGAAUAUUUUAUUGAAAUUAUUGAAGCUAAAUCUCAAGGAUUUUUUGGAAUGUUGAGUGCGCCAAGGAGGACAAUGCUCUACACAAAUAAUCUUGAAGAGAUGCAGGAUUGGGUGAGUACUCUUAAUAUGCUCAUAAAAUAA